AUGACAUCUUCAAGAUUUUCAUUAAAAGCCCUAAAAGCAACCACAAAUUCAUCUUCAACCCCAACUAUCAGUACUACACAAAACGGUGGCAAUAGUAGAAAUAACAGUGCCUCCACUCCAACCCUCCCAUCAGAUCAACAACAAAUUCAUCAUCAUUUAGAUAUUGCAACCGAUCGAAGCCAAACGACUAAUGGUAACAAUAGAAAUAGCAUUCACAGUCAUCAAUCCUAUCAAAUUAAUAAUAAUACAACUCCUUCCUCGGCAACAACACCUCGAACACCAGCAGCAACCAUAGGUGUUGCUUCUGGAGUCAGUACUUCUUCUUCAUAUAAUCACACAAUAACUGUUGAUUCAAGUUAUGUUGGUGGUAAUAAUCACAUUGAUGAUGACUUGAAUAAUUGGAAACCGAUUAGUAGAAACAAUUCGAAAAAAUCACUUUCGUCUUCUUUCCGUAAAUUGCUUUUUGGUUGUAGAAAUGUAAGAGGGGAUGAAGAAGUUGAACAGGAGAAGAAAAUGAUUAGUCGAUCAUCAUUGUAUUUACCUGAUGAUCAAUUAUUUAAAGAAACAUCAGAAACUUUGGUAGAUGAUGCUCAUCAUAAUUCUGCUCACGUAAUGGCAUUGGUUAGUCCCAGAGGUAAAUCAUCACCUAGAACUAGUGCAAAUCUGUCACCUGCUCGUCAUGACGCUGAAAUGAAAAGGAGAAGCGUUGAAAGCCCAACCAUGAUGUUAAUCGCAGCGAAUCAAUCACCAUCUUCAUCUCAUCAUCAUCAUACAACACCAAGUGGAGGUUCGAGUAACUACUCACUAAGAAAUAAGAUAUUUGCUGGGGCUAUUCCAGAAGAGAGAGCUGAGGAAGUAAUUUUGAAUAGUGACUAUUCACAAAAAGUUCAAUUUCAUUUUGAAGGACAAUUUGAAGUCAAACAGUGCCAUAAUUUGGAAACUAUUUCCGAUUUGACUGCAUUCAAGGAUUGUAUCACUCCAUUUGUGAAAAUUGAGUGGUUUGUCGAGUUUUUCAAUACACAAGGUUCUUUGAAAAACAAGAUGGUUCCAAUGCUGAAACCAACUCCUAACACUGAUACAAAUACAUGGAAACAAAGCAAAAAGACAACAGUAACCUGUUUGGAAGUGGGAAGAAAGGAAGUUUCUUGGAAUGAAGUUUUGGAUUUUUCUAUAACUGUGGAUGGAUAUUUGCAUAGAAAUGUUUUGGAAUUUUACAAAAAGAAUAGUGAAUCGUCUCUAUUGGAUCAAGUAACCAAACCAUAUGGAGAGAAUGUCAUAGGAAUUUUGAGAGUCAAGUCUCAUCUCUAUGACUAUGACGAUUUACUCCUACAGGAGAAUAUCAUUUCACAUCAUACAAUGGAAUUCCCAAUAACUCUUAAAACUUUAAUGAAAAAUUCUGGUGCUACUUCUCCUUCCCUAAAGAUUGAAUCAUACAUUGAAAAUUUUGGAAAUUCAAAUUCUCCACUAGGUACCGUUUCUACACCAUCUCAUGUUAAAUUGCAAUCUGUUGGAACAUCUAAAGGAACAAUGUCUCCAACACCUCAAGAAAGUGCCAUCUCUGGUUUUGGUGAAAAUACAAUCACCAUGUUUGAAAAAAAUCAACCAGUGAAUGAUUAUCAAAUGGUUCAAGAUUCUGAUUCAGAAAUUAUCCUCACAAUAGUACCAGUUAUUGAAUUGUCUUACUAUGUCAAAAUGCUUGGUACUUCUGUAUAAAUUGUACAUUAUAAUUU